CCGAAGCAUCGGUGUUGUUUAGCGCUGAAAUUGACAGUCCUCGUGUCUCGGAUUUCCAUUGAGCACACCAAAUAAUAACUGCACUUUGCUAUUGUUCCGGCGAGGAACAGUCUGACUUCACGUGUUUGUGACCACUGUUACCGUCAAGAUGGGGAAAGUUGAAGGAGGAAUGAAAUGCGUGAAAUAUCUUCUUUUCAUAUUCAACUUCAUAUUCUGGGUGAUGGGUUCCCUGGUGCUGGCUGUGGGCCUGUGGCUGCGGCUGGACCCAGAGGUGAGCUCCCUGCUGGAGGAGGAGGGGGCCCCGGACACCUUCUUCAUUGGUGUGUACAUCCUGAUCGGCGCUGGAGGGCUGGUGAUGCUGGUGGGCUUCUUUGGCUGCUGUGGGGCCAUCAGGGAAUCCCAGUGCCUUCUGGGCCUGUUCUUCGCCUCUCUCCUGAUCAUCUUUGGAGCAGAGGUGGCAGCCGGAGUGUUUGGAUUCAUGAGCAAAAACAAGAUUAUUGAAGACAUUCAGAAUUUCUACACAGAGUCCAUCAAAGAGGGAAACAACGGAACAAUGAUCCAAAGCUACAAAAAAGUGCUGGACUGCUGUGGUACCCAGAGUUACCCUUGUGCCGACAGCACUGAAGACACAAAGACCUGUGAUGUAGCCAUCAGUGAAUUCUUCAACAGCAAGCUCUUCAUCGUUGGAUACGUGGGAGUAGGAAUAGCAGGCGUUAUGAUUAUCGGCAUGAUCUUCAGCAUGGUCCUGUGCUGUGCCAUCCGGAACAGCAGGGAGGUCAUCUAAGCCCUCAGGCCAGGCCAGGCACUGAUGACAUGGUCCCAUGAAAUUCCUCCACACCACACCACACCAUGUCACCGACCCCAACCCCAACUCCCUCCACCACAACUUCAGCACUGGAUCAGCCUGAUAGCGUGGUCCCGACCCAUCCCUCCACACCACCCUGCUGACAACUAACCCCCAACUCCUGCAACAUCAUUUUUUCUUAUCUCUCCAACCCCACAACCACCAAGCCCCAUCUCCAACCCUCAUGUCACCAUUGGAUCAGCCUGUGAAGAUUCUCAUUCCUCCAGGCACUGAUGGCACGAUCCCCUUCCUUCUGCACACCACCCUGCUGACACCAUGCCUGUUUCCCUCAGCCAUGAUGUCAUCAUGGGGUCCUUGUGUCUCCUAUUGAAUCUGAUCUCUCCACCCCACCGAAACCAAGGCCCAGAUGCAGCCCCCACGACGUCACCAUUGGAUCAUCCUGUGAAGAUCCUCAUUCAUCUCUAGCUCAUGAUGCCCAAAGAGUUUAGCGGACAACUGGACUUCCCCUUUGAACUUUGAGCUUGGAACUCAAAGAAGACGCCUAGUUACUUGCAGCUAAACUCAUUGGGUCACUAUUUAGAUUCUUUAUUCCUCCACUCCACAUCAACCACUAAAGGCCCAACUCCUACCAUCAAAACUUCAUCAUUGGGUCUGUGUUCCUCCACCUUACAACCACCAGCCCCCAAACUCCUACUCCCAGAGUUGUAUAAAUUAGAAGUAGAAGUGAUCUUACAGAUGUAGUUACGAGUGGUAUGAUAUUACAGGGUUUCAACUUUGUAAUAUCAAACUAUGAGUGUUGUAAGGACAUCUGUAGGAGUACUCCUACUUCUACUUUAUACAAUUCUGCCUACUGCAACUCCCUGGAUCACUUCAGGAGCCUUGAUAUGAAUUCCACCACCCGCAUGGAAGAUCCUCCUCAUCCCCCUCCCAGUGCCUCUCAGCUGUGAGGGACAGACUUGUGGUUUUAUCAGAUGGCUUAAAGCCACUAGCAUCCAUUUCAUAGAAGUACUUUUGUACUCAUGGACUGGGUCAGGGCAUUGGAUGCCUCCUUUUGUAAUUAGUUUGUGUUUUUAUUGUAAUUAUUUGUUGUUUUGUUUGUUUGCAUUGCUGUUGUAACGCUGUUAACUUAUCAUGUUUAUGGACCUCUUCAUUUGUCGAACGACCCUAUGGAUUUAUCUCAAGUCUCACGAAAGACCCCCACAACAUUUGUUAUUAGACAGGUGACCAUUAGUGACCAAAACCAUCACAAUUGAUUCCAUAUCCCAGAUGAACAAGUUAAGGUCCUACUCUCCAUUCCACGUGGAUUGUAUGCAACCGAGUCAGAAAUUCACUCUGCUAUAUCUGGAGGCCCCAACACUAAGCCUCAGAUGUCAGUUUAAAAAUGUUUUGUAAUGUGAAACCAUUAGGUAUCCAAGGUGCCAUGGAGACGUAUGAUUGGUUGAGAGAGGAGCGGACAUACUAUAUACAUGCACUUGACACGUGUGAGGAGAAAGAUCUAUGGUGGUAGACACAACAGUUCCAUGUCCAGAGAGGUGUCUGGCCAUGCUAGUAUGGUGGUAAGUAAAAGCACGAGACAGCACAGUGACGGGCCAAUGCCAUGUGUGUCAUUAAUUGACAAGGAUAAAAGGAUAUUUACUGCCAUUUGCAGAUGAAUUCAAGAAUUCAUGAGCAAUGAAAAGCUUCCCUGCUCAGAGAGUCCCAACAAGUACAAAGAAAAAUGUAGAAGUUAAAGAAAAACCAUUGUGAAUUUAAGUACAUAAUACAGUAUGUACUUAAAUCCAUUGGUAUAGACCUACACUGUGGUCUUGUGUGAAAAGCAGCACCUUACCAUCUUACACUUUGUCUGUAUACAUACUAUCUGUAUAUGCAACAUGGCCACUCUUGUGUCAGUACGCAGGCCCGGGGCUGCAGAAUCCCAGAACCCACAGUUCAUUUGAGGACCUUUUUCUUGGGGGAACUUCAGGUUCUUCCAAGAGCACCUGAAAUUUGUCUCCUGUUGGUUCUUUAGAGAACCUUUGGUUUCCCUACAGUGGCAAACAGAAGAAACUCCUUUUUUUACAAUCUAGAGCCCUAUAUCCCCCAAGUCAAAUUGUCACCUAACCCAGCUUGACGCAACCCCUUCUAAGAAGCAUGUACUGUAAACAGUACUGUGUGUGAUUGCAUAAGGGCAGCUCAUUUCAUACCCUGCUCCCCUCUCAGACAUUAUGGUAAAUAUAGUAGGCACUGAUGUGUAUCAGACACUUGCACUUGGACACAUGUCCUGAGGGCUGCUGACAGCUUCGACUGGACCCAGAGCAAAGUCAUUUCAAAUGGGGUCCCCCACCCAAUACAUGCUACCAUGUAAUGAGGACCUCAUUCUGGGCCCCCUCUCUCCUUAGGCCUAGGACUUAAUGACCCGUUUGCUCAACCCCCCCUGUAGACCUCCCUGCAUGUCCUAUGAUCUGACACACUCUGUACUGUACCUGAAUGGGGGUACUGUAACGGUGGCAUGGUUACAUGGGGUGAAGGCACUGUGCUGUGUGGAAGUGCUAGUAGGAAUGGUACUCGUGUGACUCAAACAGGAGUUUACUAUGUCCAGGAUGUUGGCUGUUGCUGGGUCUGUGGUACUGUAUGUAAGAGGAUUGAUGUUGGAGAUGACACUUCUGUCUAUGGCUGUGUUAUGAUAAUAUAAACACUCCGUCCUCAAACCAUCUUUUUGACACAAAAAGAGGAAAAUGUGUGUCCCCCGUAUAGAGCUUUCUUGUGUGUUUGAAUUAUUAUUUUUUCCAUGAUGUUGCUGUCUUUGUUGCUUAUGUGUAUAGCUAGUAGGCCUAUACAUGCCAUGUGCUGUGUGUUUGUGUUAGUGACAGGCUUGAGGCCAGUGUAAAGUUCAUAGCGUUUGAUAACGAUGCUCACGGACAGGCGUCCACCGAUUUUACUUCUAAACGUGCCUUUGACUUUUACAAAGCAAGACUUUCGAAACGAAUUUUAAUAUCAAUAUUGCUCUUUCACAUUUUUCUACUGCUAGGUUGUUGGUGGGAAAGACUAGCUGGGUUUGUGGGAACAUGAAGUAGUGUAACAGGCCGCACCAUACAGUGCAAGACACAGCCAGUACCUGACUGGAUGGCCAUUGCGUCCACCUAGAUGCUGUUUUGCAUUAGAUAGCGACUGAUCAUUUGCUUGCUCAUACAUCUUGGAUAGGACUUCUUAAAAGUCUGUAGGAUAAGUUGUAUUGAAGUAGCGAUCAUACCUCCAGUCAAUGGUAGGCGGCAUGAGAAUAUGAAGAAAUUAUGUACAUGUUUUUUGUACACAGUAGUAGAUUUGCGCAGUUUUGUACUAGGUGUUUUUUGAUAGACAAUAAGGCUUUUCAUACAGUAGAGCGCUACUGAUCCGACACAGGAGUUUUAGUGUGCAGAAAGCAGUGAGGCUGAUUGAAAAUAGUGCAUCCUUUAACAAUUGCUUGUUCAUGGAAGUGGACCACACGUUUCUUUAACUCUUUUUAUUUUUACUACACUGUGCUUGUCAAACUAUACAUGAAGAGGUUUUUUUGUACUGUAAACUUUAAAUCUGUUGUAGGUAUUUUUGUUACUUGUGUUUAUUUAUUUGAUGAGUUCAAAUGGAAAAUACACUUCUCAGGAAGAUCAGUGUACAAGACCCAAUAAAAUGUUUUUGGAAGUUUUGUAG